GGGUCACGUGCUUCCGGCGCUCGUGUGAGUUGGCUGUAGUGCCUUUGUCGUCACAACUGACAUCAUUUACUUGCGAAAACUUUCAAGUGAGUAGAAGAAAUAACAAGCAAGUGUGUAGUUAGCGUUAGCCGUCGCCAUGAGCGCGGACGUGCACGCGCAGCUGGCCGCCGUCAUGGAGGCGCUCGUGCGCGCCGCCGUGGCCGAGCUCCGCAAGCAGCAGUGUGGCGACCUCAUCCUUCCCGGAGAGGAGCCUCCAGGGCCGGCCGGCGACAACCUGGUGGUGUGCUUCGCCACCGUUUUGGAGACUCUGGCCAACGAGGCCUUGGAGAAGAUCCUUGACAUCGUGGAGCCGAGGCGGCCGGACGGCGGCGUCCCCGACGAGGCGCGCGUGGAGUCAGAACACUCGUACGGCGUCCCCGCUCCGGGUCGACCCGGCCGACCGCUCGCUCGGGACGAGGCCCCGGAGGAGACGUCGUCGAUUCCGGCCGCGGAGGACCGUCGCGCGGACGACGUCGCCGAGAGUGAGAACCUUACCGUCGGCGCGCAAAGUGCCCGUAGACGGCCCUCUGUCUUUUUCCCCGCAGGAGAAAACGGCAAUUCGGUCGGUCGGCGAGGCGCGGCGCCGGUGAGCUCGGGGGAAUCGUCGGACAAGCCGUUCGCCUGCGAGCUGUGCGGCCGGCGCUUCACCCUUCGACACAACCUGCGGCGCCACGCCCGCGGCCACGCGGCGGGCGGCAAACCCUUCCGUUGCGGCGAGUGCGGCAAAGGCUUCACGCGCGCGCUGACGCUGCGGACGCACCGGCUGAUCCACACGGGCCAGAAGCACCUCGAGUGCGAGCGCUGCUCCAAAAGCUUCCGGCACAGCGUCAACCUGAAGAACCACCUGCGCGUCCACAGCGGCGAGCGACCCUUCGCCUGCGAGGUGUGCGGAAAGACUUUCGGCCAGGCGGCCAACCUGAAGAUCCACGGCCGCGUGCACACGGGCGAGCGGCCCUACGCCUGCCGGCAGUGCGGCAAGACCUUCAGCCAGCGGAGCGGCCUGACGGCGCACGGGCGCACGCACUCGGGCCGGCGGGACUUUGUCUGCGAGUCCUGCCUCAAGCGCUUCAACAACGCCAACAGCCUGAAACUGCACCGGCGCGUGCACACGGGCGAGAGGCCCUACGCCUGCGACGUCUGCCGCAAGACCUUCAGCCAGGGCAGCCACCUGCGCACGCACAAGAGCCACCUGCACGCCGGCGGCAAGCGCUUCAUCUGCGACAAGUGCGGCAAGCGCUACGCCGACGCGCGCAACCUCAAGGCGCACAAGUGCGGCUACGCUUGAGACAUUUUUGGCCAAAAAAGACUGCUUGUCUGAGCUAUUGCACAUUUUUUCUUUUUUCUAUGACAAUUCAACUGUCCAACUAAGAUUUGGAAACUCUGUGAGAAUUUGGAAAUCAAAUUCAUUUGGUGCCCAUCCAAUUUUCCAAGCAACAACAUAUGGUGAACAUCAGAGUGCGAUACCACACCCAUUGUAUGUUUUGCACGCAGGCUUUUCCAAAAAGGACAUGAAUUGUGCUGUAUGACAAUGCUGUAACUUUGAAUUGGAGCUCUAUUAUUUGAAAUGAAUGAAAAAUGAAUAGUACAAGUGAACUUUACGUCAAUUCAUAUCACCGAUAAGCCAAUUCCAACAGAAUUUCCAUCAUUUUUACGACGGGUUAUAUGUUUGUCCAUUUUCUAUCUGGUACAGUCAUCCCUCGCUACUUGGCGGCUCAACUUUGGCGCCCUCUUGU